GAUUAGCACGGAUCAUGAUGUGUGGAAGGAUAUAGCACAAUGGUGAUAAAUCUGGAGGCGUAUUUAUCAAGGCUGAGGACAGGGAUCGUAUGGGUGUGGUUUCACUCUCAUGCAUUUAACCCAACGACACGCUACAGACUUGCUCACAUCUCAGCUCCUCCAGUAAAGGCACACCAAGCUCCUGCCCACCAUUCCCUCAGAGGCAUGGUUUCUCAAGUGACCACCUCCCUCGUCAAGUGCCUGCUGAUUCUCCUCGGCCUGGUCUCUGUGAUACUGAAUAUCGUUUUGAUAUGCAUGAAUUCCAACAGGCUUCCAAAAUGCCAGAUGCAAACACAAGAAUCGGUGGUGGCCAACCACACGGACCACAGCUUGAUAUUCGCCGACCUCACCCCCAAGGAGUACCAGAUGGUCCGGGAUUACAUGUGGAAUCAGAAGGACUUGAGGAUUUCUCAUUCUGCCUUUGCAAAAGCGUCAGAAAACUACAUAUUCUUGAUUGACCUUGUGCUUCCGAAAAAAGCCGAAGCGCUGAGAUAUCUGGAUUCUCACGGAGUCAAACCCGAACGCCAAGCCAGCGUUGUGGUGUUUUUUGGAGAGCAUAACUACCUCAAAGAGUACGCCGUGGGACCGCUGACCGGUCACAUCCGUCAUCGGGAUGUCACAAAGGAGAAGUACAAGGUGGAGAGCCUUCCCUUCACGGCCCGCCCUGUGACCAUUGGAGAAUACAGCCAACUUUUCCAAUUAGUGUAUGUUGAUGUCUUCAACCAGCUGAAGACAGAACUAAAGGAAAGCUUUGGUUACGACCACAAAAAUCCAAAUCUGGAUGUUUUCGAAGGAAUGCCCAGAGGAGUAAAAGCAGGUGAUAGAAAGACUUGGAUUUCAUUCUUCCGUGCACUCAGUGGCAUGUAUAUCCAUCCAGUUGGCUUUGAAAUUUUAAUUUGUCAUGAAAGUAAAAACUUCUCAGACUGGACCAUUGAAAAGCUCAUGUACAACGGCGUAUAUUUCAACAGCAUUGAUAGUUUUAAGAAAACGUAUGCAGCAGGUACUAUAGAAAAAAUUGUCUUUAAAGAAAUCUCUAAUUAUGCCUCACUGAAACCGAGAAGCAUACCUACAGGGCUGGGACCACAUCAGUAUUAUCUCCAAGGCAAGCGCUUCAGCGUGAAGAAAAACCAGGUAAUUUACCAGGACUGGAGCUUUGCGUUCGGUCUGAGCUCACUGACCGGCAUGCGAGCGUUUGAUGUUCGCUUUAAAGGAGACAGGAUCAUCUACGAGCUCAGCGUCCAGGAGGCCAUGUCUGUGUAUGGAUCCAUAACUCCAGGGAUGAUGCUUACCAAAUUUCUGGACACUAGCAUCGGAAUCGGCCGCUUCGCCCAUGAACUGGUGCGAGGUGUUGACUGUCCGUAUUCGGCCACUUAUAUAGAUGUUUACCGCUACAUCGACGUCAAUGCCACGCAGCUUUUCAGAAACGCCAUCUGCGUCUUUGAGCAUGAUGUAGGACGACCGCUACGACGUCACUUUUCAGAUUUCUUCCAUAACAGCUAUGGAGGCCUGACCAACAGCGCCCUGUACCUCCGCAGCAUCACAGCCAUCGGCAACUACGACUAUAUCUGGGACUUCAUCUUCUACCAGUGUGGCACGGUGGAGGCCAGAGUUCAUGCCACCGGUUAUAUAUCCUCUUCUUAUAAAGUGCCCGGCAGUCUGAAGUACGGCCACCAGGUCGCUGAAAACGUGCUCGGAAAUGUCCACACGCACUUCGUUAACUUCAAGGUGGAUCUGGAUAUUUUAGGUGUGAGGAACGUGUUCCAGACCAGAGACAUGGAGUAUGAGGAGGUGUCUUUGCCCUGGAUGCCUGAGCGCAAGGCCAAAAUCCCGAAAGUGGUGGAGAAUCAGAUCAAGACUGAGCAGGAGGCAGCGCUUCGAUACGGCACUAAAAUUCCUCGUUACCUCCAUGUGGCGAGCAAUCAGAAGAAUCGUUGGGGCCACCAGCGCUCAUACAAACUGCAGGUGAUGAGUCUUGCUGGAGAUCACCUUCCAGAGAGCGAGCCAGAGGAGAGGAGCAUGUCCUGGGCACGGUACAAAGUUGCCAUAACAAAGCAUAAAGACUUGGAGCAGACCUGCAGCAGUCUGUACAGUCAGAAUAACAUGUGGGACCCAGUGGUGGACUUCAGCAAUUACAUCAAGGAUAAUGAGAGCAUUGAGAAUGAGGAUCUGGUUGCCUGGGUAACGGCAGGUUUCCUCCACAUCCCACAUGCCGAGGACAUCCCCAACACGGUGACGGUAGGAAACGGAGGCGCCGUCCUCAUCCGGCCGCAUAAUUACUUUGACGAAGAUCCGUCUAUCAACUCAGCCGACGGCGUCUACAUCAAGCCGGGAUCGGAAAGAGACUGUGAAUACAACAAGAUGGCGUGUUUAGACAAACACCUGUGUAGCCAGACACUGGAGCCGUUCACCUACAACGGAUUCGAGGGUGUCAUGAAAUUUGCCUAAUAAACAUAUCACAUUAAAGAUGUUUGCUGUUCUUAACGAAUUAAUUCCUCACCUCUGUAGUCGCAUCUUCACUGUUAGCAUUGUGUGAUACAUGUGGUUUAGUUCUUAUCUUUUUGUAUUUUACUUAUUUUUUAAUGACCAUCGAAUGAGAUUCAACAGAACUGAAGUCACAACGAACUCCGGAGGUUUUUUCUCUUUUGAGGUCUUUUCAAAAUGAAAUGAAUUUCUAUACUUUUUAUUUUGACUUUUAAUUACGUUAUAGCGGCUCCGGUCGUUGCCUUAAUGAUAAAAAGCACUGACACUGGGGACUCCUUCCAUCAUUGUCCAUAAACAUCUCCUCACUGAAAACAUCACCAUAUAAACAAUUCCUCAGUUUUUAAUCCAUUUAAGUGGAACGACAUGCUGUGAACGGUUUGUUACUAUAGAAACGUUAACGUAUUAGAAGGAUACAAACCUGUGAUUUGCAGAUGACCAAUCAGAAUCCAGAAUUAAAAACAUAUCACAAUGUCAUUUUAUAUGAUCUUAACUACCCUUUUAGCCACUUUUAGCUCCUUUUUAGUGUCUCUUUUAGCUACUUUCUGUGCAACGUACUAUUUUGUCAGAUGAAUUAACGCUGCUGUCUGUCUCGAUUUGGAGGGUUUGAUAGUAUUUGUAUACAGUUUUGUCUCACUCGGGUCCUACUUUAUGGUUAAAAUGUCCCGGAGCUCAAUUUCACGCUUAUUUUCAGCCUACCUCAUUUCAGCCAGGAAUCUCCUGAUGUCCAGUUUUUGCAAACAAGAAAUUCACUAACAAGAAAUCCAAAGCAUCUGAUUGCGUACUGGAUGUCUUUCGUGUCAUGACAUCAAUAACGAGGCAUUUUAAUCAACAACAACUCGCAUGUUCAGAAAACAAUAAAGUAUUCUGUGGCUCGAGACUCUCGCAGUAAUUUUCUUACAGUGUUACUAAUGUUCUGGUUAAAUGUAGGAUCGCUUUAAAAAGCUACGAUCAUCCAAAUUCAUGCUUGAAGUUCCUAGUAAUGCGUUUUGUUGUUUUUUUUGUUUUUUUUUUGAGGAAAUUGCUAACGAUCAAACUUGUUGCCAUUUCUACUCCGAAAGAUAUGUGCAGUUAAAAUAACACAAAAUGUUCUUAUGAACUGAAAAUACAAAAGCGCUUGAGAUUCUCAGUGUUACUUGUGCUACAGUGUUUCCCUGUUUAGGAGAUUUUUACCUUAUUUCAUGUAGGUUUUCUAAUCUAUAUCUUUAUGUGUAUAAACAUGUCACUUAUGAUGUUCAGCUGUAUGAGAAAUAAAACCUCAAUAAAGUUCAGUUGAAUUCC